AUGACAACUCCCAUUGAGACCCUUCUUCAAAGUCCUUUGGACUCAAGGGGUUUGUCUUUUCCCCAAUGUCCCAGCCCUGAAUUACAGCAAGACAUGAAGCUCCGGCUGCCUCUUCCUCCUGGUAGCCCAGAGCCUUGGCUGCUCCCAGGCUGUAGCUCGGUAUAUGACAGCCUGGUUAGUUCCAAGACACCUCCUUCACCUGUGAGUGGAAAUCAUAAUUCCUCGCACAAACCUCGCAGAUCCUCUAUUCUUGAGAGGUGCAUCCUGAAGAUUUCUACAGCUAAUGUUGCUGUUGGGACAGAUGAUCUAGAUGAGCUCAAGAGAUCCCCAACAAGGCUCCGGUGGCGUUCUCACAGUGUGGACCCGACGUUUUUUGAGACUAAUGAGUCUGUGUUAAAGAGAAGACAAAAGCAGAUUCAGUAUGGGAAGAACACUUGUGGUUACCAGAACUAUGUGAAGCAAGUGCCAAAGUGUUUUCGCAUCCCUGGGUUCCACCCGUCCACUCCCAACAAAUAUCGCAAGUAUAGCCGAAGAUCUUGGGAUAUGCAAGUCAGACUUUGGAGGAGAGCGCUGCAUGCAUGGGACCCACCAUCAACUUCUCAAGGAAGUGAAGGAAACGAUCCAGUUGAUCAACUGCAGGGGUUGCUUGAGCAAAUGAACGCUGACCUGGAGGAAGAAGGAAGGGGAGAACAGGCAAGGAAGUUGGAGACAUCUGACCCCAAUGUUUCUGUAUUUACUCAACCCACGGAGGGUUCAACAAAUGGGUUCUUCAACCCUCUUGUCCCUCAUGCUGAACUAACAAGCCAGCAAGGCCAGUCUUCUGGAUUGGAGUAUUCCUUUAACAGUCACCUAUCUUCUGAGGACAAUGUAAUGGGAUGGCUGAGGUUUCUCUUGGAGACUGACAACACAUGCAGUGAAGCUGCUCUGCAGAAUGAACAGCCAAUAUGGCGAUUUUACUGA